CUCUUCCCAGUUCUCUUAGGCACAAUUACUCCCAAAAGUUGCUUGUUUGCAAAGAAAGAAAUGGCACAGGACCAUCUGAUGGUCUUGCCUUGAGAAUGUUCUGCAAUAAUAUUAAGGAAAAAUCCACCACGCCUCUUAGGAAAAGGGAAGCUAGACUCUGGCCCUAGACCCAAGUUAAGGAUCCAGUUUUUUCUGGUACAGAGUUUCCUUUCAGUCAGUCAGAGGCUAUCCUCCCCAAAGGAACGACAAAGGGUGUUUUUGAGGAGCAUCGUGGGAGUUUCCUAAGAGAUGGGCUGGAGAGGGGCAGUGACGUUAAGUUCUCUGUCUCUGCCUGAGAGACACAGCUCUUAGUGAUUCUGAGUAACCAGGGAAGACUCAGCUGGACCAAAGCUGGAGGGUGUUUUACACAGUCCUAGAGGAGGAGAAAAGAACGAUAAUCUUCAUUGAAGUCUCAGAAAACCAAGGCCGCUAUUGAUUUUCCCUUUCCCACUCUGGCAUUCCUAGAUUUUUCCAAGCUUUUCUGGAGCAAAAGAUGCUUGAGGGAGUGAAAGAGAGAUUAUGAGAGAGAAGGAACCUGUUCACACCCAGUGGACUUCCCAAUAUUGCUAGCAAGAGGGCUCAUCAGGCAACCAAGGUGAGAACACAGAGUCUCUAAAAUGUCUACACACAACAAGGCCAAAGUUUUCUUAAUUUCUUUGAGUAUGGUCACUUUUGCAGUUAUGGUGGUGAUGAACGGUGCGGCAGGUUCUGGAGCAUUCAAAGGUAUAUUCCAGAGAACUGUUGGAAACAUCUCCAGCAAGUAUAACACCAACUUGACCCCAGCUGGCUGGACCUUCUUCAUUUGGAACAUCAUUUAUUUGUGGCAGUUAGCUUGGCUUGGCUACGCUGCAUCUGGACUCUGCAGAAGCAAUGAACUUGGAUGGUUCUACAUGAAACCAGAUGUCUUGCCAACUCCGUUUUACAUGGUGUGGAUCCUGAAUAACGCCUUGAAUGUUGGAUGGCUGUUUCUAUGGGACAAAGAAUACCUCAGCCCUGCUCUGCUUAUCCUCACAGGGCUCACAGGUUCCAAUUAUGUGAUUCUCUCCUUGGCUUGUCGAGGACUCCAUUCCCACAGAACCUGGCUCCAGAAUCACCAUAGGAUUGACCUGUGUCUCCUCCGCAUUCUGGUGCAGAAUGGGAUUGCGAUUUAUGCUACAUGGACCACAGUGGCAACACUAUUGAAUUUUGCAGUUGUGUUGGUAUACAGUGUGGGAGUGGCCAACCAAACUUCCACUACUGUUGUCCUGUCUAUUCUCCUCAUGCUGCUGGUGCUCUGGUUCUACCUGGAAAACUUCCUCCUGGAUAAGUAUGUACGUUACAUCCUCACUGUAUACCCGGUGGUCAUGGUCGCAUUGUCCGGCAAUAUUGCUCAGCACUAUAAUACAUCUGCUCCAACAAGAAACAACAUCUUUGCAGUUGUCCUGAUGGCUGUGACAAGUGUGAUGUUUUUGGUUCGGCUUGGUCUAGUUACUUGCAGGCAUCGCUAUCAGCCGCUUACUAUGAGUGAGUCAUUGUUUCCAGGGCCGGCAAGGCUAGGAGAGAACCUCAGAGAUGCUGAAGAUGACCUUAGGAAAAGAAGCUACAGAUCUCAGGAGAUGGAGCCAGAACACCUUGCUAUGAAGUCAUUCUGAUUACGGGCAAGACCAUUGAGAAUCAAGGCUUUGCCUAAUACCAAACAGUUAUGGAAUACGAAUGAUUGAAACACAUUUAUUCAGCAUUUACUAAGUGCUAACAAUUAUGCUAAUUGUUAGGGAUACAAAUACAAAAGUGAGACCACAUCUUUGUCUUCAAAGGGCUUUUUAGGGGAAAACAAAGCAUAUAGUGGCCCAGGAAUAAUGUUUUGGCCUGGGAAGCAGCAGGAAUGGCAUAUGGAGCCCUAGAGGAAUAAAAAUAACUACUCUUUUUUUUAAAAAAAAAUCAAUUUUCUUUUAAAAUAAAUAAACAUUUAUUUUCUUUUUUCCCAUUUCCCCCAAUUGGGAAAAAAAAGAAAAAUAAAACUUUUGUGCCAAAUAUGCAGAGUUAAGCAAAAUUAAUUCCCAAAUUAUCCACAUCCAAAAAUGUAGAGUUCAUUCUGCAUCUUGAAUCUAUCAGUCUCCAUCAGGAGGUGGAUAGCAUGGCUCCUUAUCAAACCUUUGGAAUCAUAGUUGGUUACUGCAUUGAUCAGAGUUCAUAAUUCUUUCAAAGUUAUUUGACUUUAUGACAUUGCUGCUGUAUAAAUUGUUUUCCUAGUUCUACUUACUUUGCUCUGUGUCAUUUCAUCUAUGUCUUCCCAGAUUUUUCUGAAAUUAACGCCUUUGUCAUUUUUAUAGCACAAUAGUAUGUUUGCUGCAUUCUUAUAUCAUAAUUUGUUAAGCUAUUUCCCAAUUUAUAAGCAUCUCUUUAUUUUCUAGUUCUUUGCUAGCCCCAAAAGAACUGCUACAAAUAUAUAUAGAUAUAGAUUUAAGCUCUUUUUCUCUUUCUUUGAUCUUUUUGGGGUGUAAGCCCAGUAGAGGUUGGUGUUGUUGUUUUCAUCCUUUGUUCUUGAAGAGGAUCAAUGACAUCACAAGGGUAAUAUCUUGACUUGAAAGUGAAUUGGAUUUAAG